ACAAAAAAAAAAAAAAUGUGCAACUGCGAUCUCUUUCCACCGGAUACUGUUAUGACUUACAAAUAGAAAGCAGAGGGGAGAAGGAGAAAUAAAAGAGAAGAAAGAGAUAGAGAGAGAGAGAGAGAGAGAGAGAGAGCUCUUAUUUGGAUCUGAUCUCUUUCAUGUUUCAACGCUUGAGUUCGUGACUCGGUCUCUGACUCAGUUCCAGUCUCAUUGAUCCACCUCGCUUCUGUUCAGCUGAACUCUACUUGUAGACUGGUGCAACAGGAUUUGUUUUCCCACAUGUCUUCGCAUUUUGAUUAAAUUUCAGGCAUUGGAUCUAGCGAUCGAAUAAAUGGCAGGUUCACGGCGAGGGUUGCCGGAGCUCCCGUCAUAGUCCGGGAUUUCCGGCGGGUUUUGCGGAGGAGAUGUUUAAGUCGGCGAGAUGGAGGAGCGACAAGAACAGGAUCAAAGCUGUCUUCAAGUUGCAGUUCCAUGCAACUCAAGUGACACAGUUAAAUGUGCAAGCAUUGAUGAUAUCAUUGGUUCCCGGCGAUGGAGGAAAACCGACAACAAAAUCAGAAAAGGCGAUGAUUCAUGACGGUAACUGUCGAUGGGAAAAUCCAGUUUACGAGACCGUUAAAUUUGUUAGGGAGCCAAAAACUGGGAAGAUCAAUGAAAGAAUCUACCAUUUUCUUUUAUCAACGGGAUUGGGAAAAGGAGGUUUGGUUGGGGAAGCUUCAAUUGAUUUUGCUGCUUAUGCUGAAGCAAUUAAAACUUCCACCGUUUCUCUUCCAUUAAAGAAUUCAAACUCUAAAGCAAUUUUGCAUGUCUCAAUACAGAGGCUGCAGGAAAAUGCUGAUCAAAGAGAGGUGGAAAAAAUUGAAGAUGCAAGUAUUAAAUCGCAAGAUAGGACCUUGAAGGCCCACUUGAGCAAUGGUGAUGCAGAUGAAAGCAUUAAGAACGACCCCAUUGAAGAUGUGCCUUUCGACAAAACAACCCACAAUGUUGAAUUACGUGGAAACCAUAGAGGAUCUAAUGGGUCUGAUAUUACCAUUUCAAGUUCUGACAGUAGCUCUGGACUUAAUAUUCCACGAGAACUUGGAAUGAGGAAUGACAACAACAAUCAGGACCCUCCUGCUUAUCUGUCAUCUAUGAAUAACACCUCAGCUACUCCUAAACCAACAACAAUUGCCUCAACAAUGAUCUAUGAGGAGUGGUCGGUGGGUUCUGAUCAUGGAAUGAGUACUGAUGACUCUAACAGUUCCCAGGACACCUUUCCACGAGAAAACUCUCAACAUUCUUCUGAUAAUGAGAUUGAAAAGCUCAAGAAUGAACUCAUUGUUUUGUCCAGGCAAGUGGAUGUGUCAGAUUUGGAAUUGCAGGCUCUCAGAAAGCAAAUUGUAAAGGAGAGGAAAAAGGCGCAGGAUCUCUCACGUGAAGUUGUUACUUUGAAAGAAGAGAGAGAUGCACUCAAAUUUGAGUGUGAGAAACUGAAGGCCUUUCAGGAGCAAAUGGACGAUGCAAAAGUAAAAAGCAGGUUGCAGUUUGAGAAUGGGGAACCCUGGGUUCUUGUUGAAGAAAUCAGACAAGAGCUGAAUUAUGAGAAGGACCUGAAUUCCAAUCUUCGGUUACAACUGCAGAAGACACAGGAAUCAAAUGGUGAGUUAAUCCUUGCUAUACAAGACCUAGAAGAAAUGUUGGAUGCGAAGAAUAGGGAGAUAUCCAAUCCUACCAAAAAAUCAGGAUUUCAUGACAAUUCUGACGAGUUGAGGGGAACCAUCUCAAGAAUUGACACAGAUGAGGAUGAAGAGCAGAGGGCAUUGGAACAGCUAGUUAAAGAACACAGAGACACCAAGGAUACCACUCUCCUGGAACAAAAGAUCACGGACCUCUACAGUGAGAUAGAGAACUAUAGGAGAGAUAAAGAUGAGCUUGAAGCACAAAUGGAGCAGCUGGCACUUGACUAUGAGAUACUGAAGCAGGAAAAUCACGACAUCUCAUACAAAUUAGAGCAAAGCCAGCUGCAAGAACAACUGAAGAUUCAGUACGAGUGCCCAUCAUCUUUUGCUAAUAUAAAUGAACUUGAGACCCAAUUUGAGUGCUUGGAAAGCGAACUCAACAAGCGGUCAAUAGAAUUCUCUGACUCUUUAGCCACCAUAAAUGAACUAGAAACUCACAUCAAGAGCUUGGAGGAAGAGUUAGAGAAACAGGCAGAACUAUUUGAAAACGAUCUAGAAUCCAUCACACGAAGUAAAGUUGAGCAGGAGCAAAGAGCUAUCCGAGCUGAGGAAGCCUUGCGAAUGACAAGAUGGAAGAAUGCAAAUACAGCUGAAAGGCUACAGGAGGAAUUUAAAAGGCUGUCCUUGCAGAUGGCCUCUACAUUUGAUGCAAAUGAGAAGAUGGCUACAAAAGCUCUGGCUGAAGCUAGUGAACUACGCUUGCAGAAAAAUCAGCUGGAAGAACUGCUCAAGAAAGCUAAGGAAGAGCUCCAAUCUUUUAGAGGGGAUUAUGAGGCGAAACUCUGCAACCUUUCCAAUCAAGUAAAUUUAAAAUCAAAUCAGAUAGAACAGAUGUUGGAGGAAAUGGUUGAUAAAUCUAAGCAGCUUGAACAUCAAAAGAAGCAUGAGGAAGAAGUUAGUGGGGCUUUUUCCAAGGAGAUCUGCAGCCUAAAAGCUCAGAUUGAUGAGCUGACUACAGAAAAGAAAUGCCUCCAUGAACAAGCCGAGCAGGUGGAAAGCUUGAGACUUGAGUUGGAACGCACAAAAGCAUGUGCCAAAGAAACUGAAGUGCAGAUACAAAGAGGAAAUUUAGAAAGAAAUGAGCUGGUGAAUACAAUUGCUUCGAUGAAAAAGGAAGCAGCCAAGUCUCUGGAGGAAUUGCAAAGAGUGAGGCAUCUGAAGGACGAGAAAGAAGCUGCAGUUGAAUCCUUACAAUCAGAGCUGGAUAUCCUAAAAACUCAGUGCAAUAACUUGAAACAUUCACUGUUUGAGGAUGAAGUAGAGAAAGAAAAACUCAUAAAGCAGGUGGUUCUAUUGAAGGGUGACCUUAAGAAGAAGGAAGAUGCAUUUACUGGCAUGGAAAAGAAGCUGAGAGAGAGCAACGUAAGAGCAGCUGUUUCUGACGGAACAAGAACACCAUUUAGAAACAAUAAAUCUGCCACGGUUCCUCGCAUUCCUAAAGAGGUUGUAAGCCUGAGGGAGAAAAUAAAGUUGCUUGAGGGGCAAAUAAAGUUAAAGGAAACUGCUUUAGAAACAUCCACAAAUGUCUUUUGGGAAAAGGAAAGGGAUCUUCAGAAGAAAAUUGAUGAGUUAGAACGCAGAGUAGAAGAACUCCAUGAGCACAGCACCAGUUUCUGCGAGUACCAACUUCAAAAGGUAUUUAAAGAUGCUAAGGAGGUUACAUCAAAUGGCUUUAUAUCAGAUGAGAAAGCAUGCAUAUCUAAAGAGAGUGGAAAUACUGUUCCUUUUUUGAAAAGCAGUGAUGACAAUUUGUCAGUGAAAGAACAGAAAGCCUAUAUUGUCGAUAAAGACGGUAACCAGGAUGAAUUGAUAGCUGAACUAGCAUCAUUGAAGGAAACAAACAAAACUAUGGAAAACGAAUUGAAGGAUAUGCAAGAGCGAUAUUCCAAGAUAAGCCUCAAAUUUGCAGAGGUCGAAGGUGAACGACAACAACUUGUGAUGACUGUGCGCAACUUGAAGAAUGCCAGGAACAGCUAAAAAUAUUGAAAUUCUUCAUGUAUAGUUGAACUAGUACUGGGUGUGCCGACGCGGAAAUUGUACGUGUGAUGGUUCCUUUUUAGAGUUAAAAUAAAUCAAGUUGUACAAAAAUUUAAUACCAAUUCACCUCGCCUCGUAGUUUCCAAAUGUAUGUAAGUUUUUUUUUUUUUUUCCUUAUUAAUUAAUGUUUAAUUCUUGUUCUUCCCAUAAUGUCUUCUUUGUUGUCAUGGUGACAUUUUCAUAAAUAUUAUUAUUUCAUUUUUUUGAGAAAAUUAUACAAACUAGCUCCUGUUACUCUUUGUUGGCUGAAUUUGAGAUUUUCUUGUCUCUGUUCAAU